UCAGCUGACUGUCACAUGACACUCGGGCUCCGUGAAGAAGCGGAAGUGUUUUUCUCCGGUUUUCGGUAAAACGUUCAUCUCUGAUCGUGAUGGCGGGUCGCGGGAAACUGAUUGCAGUGAUCGGGGACGAGGACACGUGCACGGGCUUCCUGCUCGGUGGCGUCGGUGAACUGAACAAAAACCGGAAACCGAAUUUCCUGGUGGUGGAGAAGGACACGAGCAUCACCGAGAUAGAGGAGACGUUCAAGAGUUUCUUGGCCCGUAACGAUAUCGGCAUCAUCCUGAUCAACCAGUUCAUAGCUGAGAUGAUCCGUCAUGCCAUCGACGGCCACAUGCAGUCGAUUCCUGCCGUGUUGGAGAUUCCAUCCAAAGAGCAUCCGUACGACGCGUCCAAGGAUUCUAUCCUGCGCCGCGCCAAGGGCAUGUUCUCUGCCGAAGACUUUCGAUAAACAAGCGGAGACGCGCGCACACACGCAGAGUGUGAUAAAUAGAAAUGUCCCUGAUGUGUUGUUUCCAUGAGGAUGGAUGUUGAUAUGUAGUCCUUCGUAUUUUUGUUUCCAGGAAGUGGACGGUGUUUCAGUUUUCAUGUGACUCCUGUUGAUGUUGUUUCUUCUGGAAAAGUUUGAUGUUAACGUAGAAAAUAAACGUCGUCUGUGAAGUUUUUCAGUUUUUUAUCUUUUACGUUUUGUUGUUUUCAAACGUGAAGAUGAAAAAUGUAUUAAUUAUAACUGAAAUGUAAUGAUUUUGUGUCAAUGUGAUUAAAAUGUUUGAACUAAAUAUAUAUAUAUUAAAAUAUAACAUGACGUCACUGUCUGUAAAUCUGUGCUUGUACAACAGAACAAAAUAAAUAUGAUCUUAUCUGA